AGUUCAAUGACAUUUCGAUAACCCUAAUCCGAUAGCAGCUGCUGUUGACAAAUAAUGACCAAACCACCACAAAAUUAACGAAAAUCUCAAUCCCAGGCUGUCUCACACCAUGGAUUUCCCAAUAGCCCCCCCGAAAGAACGCACUCUGGGUGACGGCAUCGACAGCUCCUUGCUCAAACUCUCAGAAUCCGCCCUAACUCGCAAUAACCUCAAAAUGAACCUCCACCUCUCAAACGGCCCCAUCACAUUCAGGCCAAUAGAACCCAAGUGCCAAAUCUUCACUCUGAAGCCAGUUUACGUCAGUAAGGAGCGCAAACAACCCAAAUUCCUAAUUCGGAAACCCAAAGAACCCAAAUUCGUCCCGUACGAACCCUACAAAGGCGCCGUGGAACCCAUCAUCGCCCACAAGACCGAAAUAAAGAAACUCCCGGUGAAGUCGUCGCGGAACAACGUGGAGAUACAGGAUUUGGUGGCGCAGAUGGCGCAGAUGCGGUCAGUGGAGAUGAAUAAGGCGAACGAGGAGGCGGUGCAGAACGACGAGCCCCUAAUUUCUAGAAGACAGUGGGAGCAGGAGAGGUUGGGGUACGAGACGGAUAUUAAAAAUUUAAGGGAGACGAAUUCGCAUUUGGAAAAUCAGAUUAAGUUUCAAGCGCAGGUUAACAGCGAAUUGAAAACGUUGUUGGUGGCUGCUGUGGGUGAAGAUUUGGAAAGUCGGGUCCAGCAUUUGACUGAAGACAAGUUGCAAUUGGCGAGGGCGUUACUCAAUUCUGCUAAUCAUUUGACGUCGCAUCAGGAGCAGACGGAGUGGCUGUCGGGGCAGUGUGAGGUGUGGAGGAGCAAGUUUCUGGCUUCUAGUUUAAUGGUGGAAGAAUUGGCCCGUUGGAAGUCAGCCCUCACCAGCCGCAUUAAUGAGCUCCAGGAAAUCGUUAAAAAGCUCUUGGAUGAGAGAUACAGGGUACAAAAUAAGUGUUUGAAAACUUGUUGUUUGUUGCAAAGCACCAGGAAGAAGUUAGUUGGUGAUGAAAUGCAACAGUGUGAUUUAAAUAGUUCUAAUAUUGUUGACUUAAGCACUUUAAAUUAUAGCUUAACUCAAGAUAUAAGUCAGUUAGUUGAUAUUGAUAAUAAAAGGUGUGAUGAUUUGUAUGAAAGUUAUGGCACGUUGUCGCAACAUACAGGGAUAGAAACAACUGCCAUGAAGCUGCUUCAAAAUCCUGUUACCAUUUCCAACAAACAGGAUGCAAUUUGUAAUGCAUUGAUGGGUACUGCAUUGUCACUGAGUGGUGAACAGAUUUAUCUCAAGAGUCCAGGUCAAGCCAGUUGUUGUCCACAUUGUACAGGGGAAAUAAAAAAUAUAUGACAUUAGGUCAAUGGGUUUUGAUAUUAUUUAUGAAACUGUUUUUGUACAAAAUAAAGCAUUUUUUCAUAA